AUGGCCGAGUUAGCGCUUGCAAUCAUACCCCUCGGUCUCAAGACAUGUUCCGGCCUUGUGAGCUACCUGGACGGACUCAAAGAUCACGAUAAUGCUCUUGUUCGGCUCAAACGUCUAGCAGAGUCUCUCGAGGGCAGUUUCCGCUUACUUAAUGGUUUUCUAAAGAGCGGCCAGCUGAAUCCUUCGACUUCGCAGGCUGCGGCUCAAGCUUUACGAUGCUUGGCUGAUUGCGAGAACGGCUUAAAGGACCUCAAAGCUUUUGGGCAGAAGAUCUCCGCGACCACUGCUUCUGACCUCACGAUCAAAGAUACAGUCAAGAGUAGCUAUCGCAGGCUCUCCUACCCACUGCGACAAGCUCAGCUAUCGCAGUUGGAAAAUGCUUUGGGCAGUAUUUGUACACCACUCAAUCUGGCCAUCCAAGGCUUGCAGCUAGAGAUGCAAGCUGCGACUUCUAAAGCCAUCAUUCUCAAUGCUACGGUUGUGAAGAAUACAGCGCUCGAGGUCUCGGCGCUGGCUGCUGCAGUAUCUCACCUCAGCCAUCCCGUUUCUACCAUUGGGUCACAGCUCCCUACGAUUCAAAUCGCUGUUGAUGAGUUGGCUCCUCAGAUUAACUUGAUGAUUGAAGCGAGUUUCAAGACGCAGAUGGAUGAGAUCCGAGAAUCUUUCCAACAAGCGGAGUCUGCGGCGUUGCAGCGCCGCGCCCAAACUGCUGAGCUUCUAUCCAGACUCAAUUUGGAUGCUCAAAAUCCUGCACAAGCUGUUCGCAGGCUUGUCGCAAAGCCAAGUCUAUUAUGCCACAUUUCAUCCUCUGCGUCGGCCUGCUCUUGUAUGGCAAGAAGGCUUCGCACACGUAAAACACUUCCCAUGGGGCCGCUGUCUUUCAAAGAUGAAGUUGUUUCCCAUUGUCCACACUUUAAAGACUGCGAUUUUUACACUACUGCCAUCGAUUCAUCGCGAGAAAGAACCCUGAGGUUCACUGGACUCACUAGACUGAUAGGAAGAGCUAUCGAGUUGACAGUACGUACGACAGUCGGGGCAGGCGGUCUCAGUAUCAGUCCUUCGAUCAAUUACUUUGCUAUGGUCGAUGAAGUGAAUUCUCCGGCAUUUAGAGUCAUCAACUUGCUGGUUGAGAGUCGUCUCGGGGCCCGCUGGGCGAUGGAGAGUUAUCCGGGACUCCUAUUCGAGUCCAUUACCCGGAAACUUCAGGUGAUCUUCCGCUCCGGGAAGGCCAGGCCUACUGACAUUAACUCAAAGGGCUAUUCCUUACUUCAUCACUUGACCCUAACCUUGAACUCUGGCGACUUCCGAAUCUUAACCCAGCAGCAGCGUGCACAUCCGAAUCUGAAGUCCUUGUUCGAUUUUCUCAUUGCAGCAGGUACCCCAGUGGCGGCCGUUGGGUCAGAUGGCCGUCUCGCCCUGCAUGUAGCUGCUGAUGAGUUUGUGCUUCCGUCAUCGAUUCUUGCCCAGUUGUGUGUAGACGAUGUGGAGAUACCAGCUCCCAGGCGGCCAGAACUGAGGUUCGGUAAUUUUGGCCGUAUCGACGUCACCGAGUACGAUGGCGUGAGUCGAAGAAUCGCCGAAGCACUAUUUGGACCAUUGACCCUUGCGAUUCUACGCAACGAUGCGAGGGAGGUUGAAUUUCUAAUCGAUAGGAGUCCAGAAUGUAUAGGAGAAAUAAGUUUUUAUGGCGAGACUCCCUGUUUUGUGGCCAUAGAGAAGCCGGAAAUAUUACGACUGUUGGUCAGAAGAGCAACCCCAGAACAGCUUCUUCAGACAUGUCGAACAGCAUCAGGCAUGAUCAGUCCUCUAGGUCGGUCAAUCCACUUAAGCAAAAACAUCUGCAAUAGUCGUGGAACUACCGACGGGUCUGUUUGCCCCUGCACUGAGGCAGUCAGGAUACUAUUGGAAGCGAAAUGCCAUAUCAGACCAUACUAUGAUUUUUCGAAGCGGAAUAUUUUUGGCACGUCUAUUAUGUCUUUCAACUUGUUCAUCGGCGCCUCGCAACAUUGUAAGCUUUUGCUUGCAAAACAACUAAGAAUGCUCCAGCAAGAUUUCGAAGGGUUAGCUCCAAGAACAUUCUCGCGGUCAGGAAACCUACGCUCGACAGCAACAGAAUUCGACGCCCGAUCUAACGAGCCUGGAAAUACUUUCCAGAAACAAGCUACCGCCGAACUUACAGCCUUGGAAACAGAAUCGCCAGCAGACAGCGGUCGCAAGGAGGCUAAAAAGCCCAUCUUCAGACCCAUAUGGUUAGAUAUCACAUGUCCUGGAGAUGCGUCCAUUUUUUGGCAUAGGGGCUUCACCGAUAUUGACGACGCCUGGACACACCCGUCACUAAGCAAGCAGGCUUUUGGUGCGUUCGGUCCAGACGUAUCGCAGGCCUUGCACUGCACAUCGCCGCAGUAUGCGAUGUGGCUAUAUAAUCACUGCCCAAACUUCUGGACAGUAAUUUGCGAAAACAGUAGAUCAGAACGGUCUAGCUUUACUUUAGCCGAGAUUAUCCUCAACAACAGGAAGAAUCUAGAGAAAUACCUUAUCCGUGACCCUUUGGCCAUCGAAUACACCGAUAGCUGUACUUGUCAGUGUUCACCUGAAGGUUAUACGCCCUUUACCCACGGUAUACGAUGUCUUUUGGAAAGCGAUUCAUCAGGUACUGACGGGCUACGAUCAUUCGCGCAAGAGUUUGGGGGUAUAUUGACAAUGUAUCAACAUACAGCUGUUCUGAGGCAAGCGAUUUUCGCCAAUCUCGAUAUGGUACACACAUGUUUCACUGAGCCAGAAUGCCGAGAUGAGUUGCUAGACGAUCGAAUCUACACAGCGACAGAUGAUAGUGACAAAGCAGCCUUUAUCGAUAGCGUGAUUGUCGAAUUCAAACGAUUCAUGCUCAAAGAUGCCGACGCCACAAACCGCGAAGGAGAAAAUGAAGACAUGUAUCUCUUUCGCGGGACUCGUGAAUAUCACCAACGUUCUUUGAAAUUCUGGGACCACAUUUUGCCAUCAAUGAUUGGGGACUUUGAGCAGACUUUGGCGUCUACAUGGAAUCCUGACAUUGAAGCUCUGAGGGACCUCGGAGUUACUCUCUGGAUCGAGGAAGAGAAGAAACAAAAAGUCUGUGCAAGGGUGUAUGAAGUGAGAAGGGAUGAUGAAGAGAGCCGCAGGAUGGCAUUUGAGGAACUUCUGGAGAAGCUCGAAAUGAUCGAAUAA